GUUUGAUUGUUACUUUUGUUUAAAAAAAAAAAAACAAAUUAUUCAAUGGAUCGUAUCAAUUCAACUUUUGUUAAUGCGUUAGACUCAUUAGUGAUAAGUGAUUGUGUUUUAAUCGGUGCAAUUAAUGAACAUGUAACGCGGUGAAAGUGUGGUUAAAUCUGAAUAGAUGUGUUCGUUAAAUCAUUAUUAACAAUCGCAUGUUUUAGUGCAAUUAGCCACGCCAUUCGGCAAACCGUUCGCGCUUCGAGUGAACGUCAGAACGCGCGACUCACGUAACUAUUGUACUGUGAAUAGAGUGCGCGAAGUCGAUCGCGACGUGCAAUGCCCAAGGCUCCGCGUGUCCCGCUACCCUUAGCAGGGCUAUGGAGACCCUCCUCGACAAAUUCAAAAGGGAGCAAGGAGGCCUGCGACGUUCCAGAUCCGUCCGCGCUUCCCUGCGACUGAUAGGGAAUCGCUGGCGUUCGAACAAGGAAGAACCACCGGCAGAUGAUAUAGACAACGUGAAACGGAACACCGUCGUGUUUACGAAGCCUAUUUGGUGCGAGAAGGAGUACGACGACGUCGCGUACGCCGGCGUAAACGGUACGUACAAGCCAAAAACUCCGGUCAUGGCGAAACGGAAAGUGGAACCGUUAAAACAGAGAAGGAAAAGUGGAGACGUGGACUUGAGUUUGAAGCCUCAGAGACAAAAGAAAAUCGAGAAGAAGUUCAGUGAUUUGUUUACGAAUAAAAAACAAAAGAGUGUAUCUGCAAAAGAGCUGAUUAUACCAGAGAAGAUACCCCCAAAGGCAGCCGCAAUACUGCAUAUUCAUGCGCCGGAGAAAGAUAAAAAGAAGAAACUUAAGUCAAUGGGGAAAUCUGAAUCUGCUAAGUCAAUGUCAGAUUUUGUAGUUCAGAAACGUGUGCGGCGAGGAUCCGAAGGGGAUACGUUCCCUCACCAGCCAAGGGGCCGGGUCAACCCGGCGUUUGUGUACAGCACCCCACCAAAGGAGAGAAAGCUGCCCAUGUCACCGACUUCUUACCUGAAGCUCCAGUACGGCGCGCUGCUCGAAGGGUGCGGGGGGGAACUUCCGUCGUUAAGUGCUUGUACCCCUCACCCCCCGCACCUCGACAAAGCGACGCGCCGCCAACAGAAAGACGCACGCGCCCAACAUGACAAAAUCGCACAAGUUAACAUACAUUUGCACGCACUCUUCGCUGCUGUCGAGCAUGGGUACUUGGACAAAGCCAGAAACAUACUGGACUCGACUGACGUGGAUGUCAAUAGUCUCAAUGCGGACGGCCUCUCACCGUUGGACGUUGCAGUGCUCUCAAACAACCGACCACUUGCCAAGAUGCUCAUGGAAUUCGGUGCUAAAGAAGGAACGCAACUUAAGAACUCUGAAGCAUUGGGUGCCCACCUACGUCGCUUGGCCCGAGACGCAGAGUCCAAGCUACAUGACGUUAUCGGAUGUGCAACGGAGCGACCAUGUCGCGAUGACGCUUGUACCAGAUCUUCAGCUAGUGGUCAAGGCACUGGCACGACCGGGUGUGCCGGUGGGACUGGCUCCGAAAAGGAUAAACAGGCACAGCAUUGGGAAAGAAGAGUCAGAACCCUCAAACGUCUUGUCCAAGGCUGGCAACAGCUUCGUGUGCCUCUUGCGCCAAACGCACCAGAUCUGGAGGUCUGUGGAUCUCACGCGGUCACGGUCCGGUUAAGAGACGCCAAACCAGCAUCCCUUGAAGACUUACCGGCCGUUACUAAGUUUAAAGUGGAGUGGUCAUCGCGAGCAGAUUUCUCUAACGUGUGCGGGGUCCGUGAGCUGACCUCAUCGGGCGCUAACGUCGGCACCAAAGCCUUGAUCACGGGCCUCACGCGGGGCAGGCGAUACUUCUUGAGGGCUGCCGCCGGGAACAUCAAGGGUUGGGGGCCGUUCAGUGUUUCUGUACCCAGGAGUGUCGUGCCGAGCAGUUGGCGUGACGUGUCGUGUCGCGUGUCGCGCGGCGAGGCGGGCGACGCGGCGGCUGCCUUGGAGGCGCUGUGGGCGGCGGCGGCGGGCGCGCGCUCCCGCCCCCCCGGCCCGCCCCGGGUGCCGCGGAAGAAGACUGCCACCAUACGACAACUCUUCACCGCUGCCAGCAAGUUCCAGAAGAACUUGAGAAGAGGCGUCUACCUCGCGUGCAUUCUGUACCACGAGGAUAAAGUGUUGGUGACCAGCGAAGAGUUCCUGCCGGUCAUCGAAGUUGACGAAACCUACCCCACCUGUAUCUACACGGAUUUCCAUUGGCUAAUGAAGGUGUCUUGCUCCUGGGACGAUGUGAAGUCUCUGCGCUCAGACAUGGAGAAGCACACGUCAUCGUCCAUACACUUCAGACUGAAGCUACUGACGGCCGCCGCCCAGAUGCAGUCCGCUCUCGGAGUGCAGGACCUAGGUCAGUUAUUCCACAAGCCCCUAAGAGACUCCCACGGCACAGUGGUGCUCUCUUGCGUGAACAGCGUUAAAUCUGCGAAGUCUGUGUCCGCGCUGAACUCGAGGUGGGCCCCCGUGUCCAAGCUGAGGCGGCGAGUGCUGAGCGAGGACAACACCAUAGGGGAACUCCUCAUGGCUUCCGUGCACGAACAGAUCGCGUACCAUCAGGUGUCUAGAGUGCAAUUAUCACGCGGGCUGUAUCUCGGCUAUCUGAAGCUGCAGUCCUCGGUGGAGGUGGUCCGGAUCGUGGCUCCGGCGCGAGCCCCAAACGUGCCGCCGCACACCAGGGUCCGAGACAACCCGCACGUCUCAGCUGAAGAAUGGGAGUACUUAAGAAAUCAGUCGGGCAGAUCGGAUGACACCCAACAGAUCCCCUCCAUUAACAACUCAGAGAAGCCAUCAGAAUCUCAAGAGAUGUUCCUCGACAACAUAGCCGCUGCUGCAAGAAGACUCUUCAAAGAAAUGGAUAUCCCUAUAGACAGUGUAGCUUCCCACCGAAUCUAUGACUUGGAAGUCAUAGAGCUGAACAAUGACGUCAGCUUCGUGAUGAUAUGCCCGCCGGCCGAACAAGCCUGCUCGGUGCCGGGACAGAAGGAGAUACUGCUCCAGAAAGGCGAUCUGCUCAGUUUACCGAUACAAGCUUUCGAGAUGAUUCAUCUGCAGACUUACCACACGAAUAUCCUCAAUAAAUACUCUAAGCUCAGCUGUGUCCUCGAACUGGACUUGGCCCUAGCCGCUCACUCGCACAGAGAAGCCUUCUCGUGCACGGAACUUCAGACUGCCAAAGAAAGGCUCGCUAAGCUAGAAGAUCUACAGAACACAUUGAAUACGGUUUGGAAGGCGGAACGGUGGUUAAUGGAUCUAAUAUGUUUCGCCAGGGACAAAGACAAGGCCGCCCAAAGCUCCGGUAUAUUGCUCAAGCACGUUCUAGAAAAGACUCCGACACAAACGAUAGACGGUCCCGACAUCGAGACCCUGGAUAGGGAGUCCAAGUUGAAGGACUUCCUUCAGAUACCGUCGAGAGACGGAAAAAUCACCAAAACCUCUCCGGGCCGAGGAUCCUGGCCCGGGCCAGCCGGCAACGGGAAUCACGCAAACUUGCACCCGGAAUUCAGUAAAUCCGAACAGCAACUCAGCUUGGCUCCGAGACAGACGUCCGUUUCCACGCUCAAUCUGAGCAGCGCGCAGAUGCUCAACGAUGAAGCCAUGAAAUACGCCAGGAAGGGCAGCGCGGACUCCCAGUACACACAGUCCAGCACUAACUACAUGAGCAGUAACUCCCAGUUCGAUAUCAAAUCAUCCGGAUCUCAUACUAGUAUCGGCAGCAGUCGUCUCCCGCCGUCCAGAAGUGAGGACACCCUGGUGCUUCAGAAUGAGAACGUUGAACCGAAGCCUCGGCCUCACAGCAUCAACGCGAGCUCGUCCAACUCCUCCAGCCCGCUGCUCACGGUCAAAGGCUACUACCCCGGCAGCAUGAUCAGCGUCAGGGCGUCCAAAGGAAACGUCUCUGAGUCCGUUCAGAGUCUAUCCAGCGACUCGGAGAGCCAGAGCUGCCCCAUCACGACAGUUCCUCUGAAAAUCCGUCCCAAGCAAUAUCGUGUUCUUUCCAGCGUUAUAACCUCAAAGAGUAUGACUAAUGUGAAGAGUUCCGAUGUGGAAUACACCGAUACUGGUCAAGAAUACCCGAAGAACAGUCUGUGCGUGAAGCGACAGCCGCUGCUGGAGACACAAGAGGACGCGGAGUAUAACAAUAAGGUUCCUAAGACUGAGGAGACGAGGAGUGAAGUGGAUGAUGUGGUGAAGGGGCCUGCAGAACUGCGGACUUCGGAACAGGUACCAGGGAUACUGCAGGUGUAUGCGGCCUACGAAACUGGUCUAGCGGCCGGGACGUCGCUGAAGUUACACGUGACGCCCCGCACCUCAGCCCGCGAGGUCAUCGACCUGGUCGUCAAACAACUCAAUAUGGCCGCCGUGUCAAAAGGAAAAACUGGACCGGUUUACGGACCGGAAAAAUUGAAAGACUUCUGUCUGGUGGCCGUCAUAGGAGCGCGGGAGAGAUGUUUGCGAGAUGAUUUCCGCCCGUUGCAACUUCAAAAUCCGUGGAGGAAAGGACGGCUGUACGUUAGACUCAAGCAUGACGUUUUGGCGGCAUUGCAGCAUUCGGCUAAACAGCCGGCUUACAUUUAAAUAUCGAACGAACCACAGAUACAAUAUUUUAACUUUUUUUUUUUUUAUGUUUUUAGCACACGUAAAACUGUAAGUACCUAAUAAAUACAAUGAUAGGAUCAUUCGCUCAAAACAAAAUUAUUUUAUGUUGUGAAUUUUAGUGAACUUUAAUUUUGGUGCCAAUCAAUUGUUUCGUGUUAAUGCUUUAAAUAGAUAGUUAAGUAAAGUUGUGAAUAACGUUUACGAUAGAAAAUAAUAAAACAUUUAUGGUGCUUUCAUCGUAAUAACGAUAUUUUGCAUAGUAUUUCUAUUGAAUUUUCACACGACUAUCACUCACAAAUAUAUCAUUAUUUAAGUUGCUGAUUCAUUGGUACUAUUUUCAAAAUCAGUAAUAGGAAAUACUCCCAAUAAUUAAUCAACGCUGAAUAAAAAGCGAUAUCUAUAGCUUUCUCUUUCUCUCUUAUAGUAAACGUAAGUGACAGCUAUCACAACUAAAACGAGUAUCUUAGAUAAAAUAGUAUGAAAAAUAGUAUGUAUUCUUCAUAAUAGAAUUUGUUUGCGUCUAAUAACCAAACAUUCAAAGCAAGUGUUCUAGACUGUUCCUAGAUUUUUGCUUGCGAGACUGCUUUCGUGUCUAGAUAGAUAUCAAUUUUCGUCUUAUAUUCUAGAUCUAUCUAUCUUAUCUCUAGAAUCUAGGCACUAAUUUAGGUAUUUAAUAAAACUUAGUACUGAAUUCAGUUAACGAUGUCCGUAAGUUUUGAUAUUUGUUUUUGAACUUGUUCAACUUGUCGGUGCCUGAUUUGUUUUUGAACUGAUUGGAAUCAUAUCGCUGGGACAACAGGGUUACGAGGUAACGCUAAUAUUUUCAACGUAUUUCAAGUACAUACUCGUACGCGAUUUCUUGAAAUUCGAACGGGGCAGUAGAGACGUUUAUUUUUACAAACAAAACCAUUUGCCUACUUUUUUUUUUCGAAAGCAACUUUUUCCCGCCUCCCCGUCUUGACAUUUGUGUCAGUCGUGUAGUAAUUACGCAUAAUUUUUUUCUGAUUCGAUUUUUAUUACACGGUAUUUUUAUUAUACCCCUUCAUCGUGAAAAUCAAUCGUGAAUAAUUCGUCCCCAUGGAGCGAGAGUUAACUAAAUCUAAAAACUGUGUUAUGAGAUAAUCGCAUUUGAAAGUUCAGAAAAUUUCAAACGGCCAUAACUUGCUUCAGAUAAGUCAAAAUUGUCACCUUGAAGUAAAUAUAAUAAUUUUUUUACCAAACAAAAAUUGUAUUAAGUAAACCAUAACUUAAGUGGGAAUUCAUCAUCGUAUCGUUAGUGUAUCAGUUAUCGCUAAAACGAUAAAAUUAAUUAAAUUUGUGUUAGGAUUUUUCGAAUUAUAUUUUUUGUAUAAAUUGAAAAGGGGAAGUCAACAUGCCGAGUAUUAAAUAAAAAAAACAAUUUUAUUUCUAUGUACUUAGUUAAAUUUCGCUCUGUAGGGACAAUGUGAGUUAAAUACGCGUCUCACGUCUGUAUGUGUCUAAUGUUAGAACAAUCUGUAGCUGUUUGCGGGAUUUUAAAAAUGACACAGUCGAAUCGCUCGAUACGAAUGCAUCUCGCGUC